AUGAUUUCAUUACUUUCACAAGAAUAUGAAAGGCAAAGAGCACUUCCAGCAUUGCGUUUUCAAAUUUAUUUACAUUCUCGUUUACCAAGAAGGAUGUAUGGGGUGUUACUGCUACCUGCACUGCAAGUGCUACACGUAAUUGUCGCCUUGUAUGUUGGAUAUUCACGCAUUAGCGAUCACAAGCAUCAUGCGACAGAUGUUUUGGCUGGAUUUCUGGUUGGAGUUUUUACUGCAAUUGUAUCGAGUGUUUACUGGGCACGUUUGCGAAAACGUCGGUGCCCCUUCGGCAACCAUCGUUCUCAGCUUUUGAUAAGUAGUGCAGAGCCUCCGAUUAGCAGUAGAGUCACUGGCGGCAGUGGUGCCGAUGACAUACCCAAUCGACAACUUUCGCAGCUAUCAUCGUUUACACGUGAAAUAAAUCCAGAAGCCACUUCUGUAGUUGAUCAAUCUGAAUUGCACAGCGUCAGAAUUGCUUGA